AUGGUGCACCCCGCCGAGGGCGGCGUCGGUGUUGGCCCGACUGAUGCUGGGCCUGCUGCCGAGGUCUUCUGGGGCGGUUGCAGCGGAGCUCCGUAUGUCGUCUCCUCACAAAAUGACAUCACCAGCGAGGCACGCCUGGAUCAGAUCGUGGCCGUGCUGGAGGAGCAGCGUGUGGAGCGGCAGCGCAAGAUGUUUGAGGACAUGAUCGUCUUCGAGGGCGGCGCCGUCUCUGACCACCCGUCUCUGGGCACAAGCCUCAUCAUGCGGGACUUCGUGCACUUUGCUCUCUACCAUAGCAAAUGGGGAUACUACCCGAAGCUAUUUCGAAAGUACCGCCAGCUCAUGACCACAGGCUACUUCGACCCCAUCCCGUUCGCCUCGCUGCGCAACCAGUACGACUAUGAGCGGUAUGCCACCAAACUACAUGAGUCAACGCCGGGUUUCGUGACACCGACGCAGCUCUUUCAGCCCUACUACGGCUGGGUGCUGGCGGAGUACCUCGUCACGACGCACCGCGCCAAGUUUGAUCCCCGUGAGCCGCUCAUCGUAUACGACAUCGGUGCCGGCACCGGCGCGCUAGCGUUGUCGAUGCUCGACUACCUGGCCGAGCACUUUCCUGACCUCUACGCUACAUGUGAGUACCACGCCGUGGAGCAGAACCCGCACCUGAUCCAGGUACUGCGCAACAGGCUUAUCCACCACUACCACCACGUCAAUAUCCACCACUUGUCGGUGCUGAACUGGCGGCAGCUGGAGAAGCGGCGCUGUGUCGUGCUCGCCGUGGAGCUGUUCUCCGGCAUGCCGCACGACUGUGUGUUGUGGGACCAGGAGGCGGUUGUGAGUGAGCACUGGUUUGGCUUUCAGCAGCAUGACAACCUCGCUACGGCGCACGAGCGCUACUACGCCCUACAGGAUCCAAUUAUUCUGCGCUAUCUGCGCUACCUGAACUGGAUGCAGGAGGAGUCGUUUCAUAACUUGAAGGUGCUUUGCCUCACCGACGGCCGCGAAACCCUUGACGCACCGAAGCGCCGGAGCAUCGAGCCGAACAUGACCGACUCCACCACCGCGAUAUUCACGAAGAUGGCGUACAUCAUGAGCCCUUUCCACACUGCCUGGCUGCCAACAGUGCAGAUGGUCUUUCUUGAGACGCUCGCUCAGUACUUCCCUCGCCACCACCUGUUCGUGGCGGACUGGUCCAGCGUGCGGCAAGCAUUACCCGGCGUGAACGGACCUGUGCUCCAGGUGAAGUUGCGCGUGGCCAAGGACAUCUAUCUGCGCAGGCCCGCCGACGCGCUACACACGAAUGCUGGCGUGGUCGACAUUUGCUUCCCGACAGACUUUGAUCACUUGUCCACUGUGUACACCCGCAUCUGCGGGGCGCACAAGGAGGUAGAGUCAAUGCGGCACCCAGUCUUCUGGCAGACGCACGGCGGUGACAAGACCGCGCUUUUCACAACGCGCAGCGGAUACAACCCUCUGCUGGAGGACUUUCAACCCUUCCACGUCUUUACUUCACACCAUUCACCAGAGCUGUAA